GUUGACUUGCUCAUGUCUUAAAAAGACCCGUCUAUCUCGAACGCUGUCGCGUUGCAUCAAUACAAUACUUGGACGGUCUGACCUUUUCAGCACACGCGGCUAUCGGUAGUCAUUCAAUGAGUAUGGCAAUCUCUAAAACACCUGAGAUAAAGACCUCGGAGGCAGCAGGGGACUCGAGUUCGAGUAGUGUUAACGAUGGGUUUCAUCACGCCCGCAGAGGAGAAAUAAUCGACGAUGUAUCUGGCGGAGAAGCUAUCGAUGGAUACGAAGCGGAGCGAAUGCGCGCGAGAACAGCUCUGACGGCGGAUGAAGAGAAAAAGUUGAUUCGGCGGAUUGAUUGGCAUCUUAUGCCGUUAUGUUCACUUAUUUUCAUGUUUAAGAAUCUGGACGCCGAUAAUAUCUCGAACGCUCGUAUUAUGAACAGAGGAACUUCUCAAAACAUUAUGACGCAGUUAUCAUUGACAUCUGAUCAAUAUGCCUUAGUUACUGCUCUUUAUUAUAUACCGUAUAUCGUGGGGGAGGCGCCUUCGAACUUGUUUCUCAAGAAAUUCUCACCCUCGCACUGGCAGUCAAGGAUCAUGGUUACAUGGGGAAUAAUGUUGGCGUGCAAUGUUGCAGUCAAGAAUAAGGAAGGACUAUAUGUCACAAGAUUUCUUCUAGGACUCGCUGAGGCCGGGAUGUUUCCGGGAAUCAUCCUACAAAUGACGUAUUGGUACCGGCCAGAUGAAAUGUCUCUAAGACUCCUCUAUUUCUAUAUAUGCGGAAAUCUCAGUGGAAUAUUUAGUGGCAUACUCGCAUUCGCCUUCGAUCACGCCUCAGGGGCGCGCGGAUUGUCUGGGUGGCAAUGGCUAUUUCUCGUCGAAGCAAUCGCAACAAUCCUGCUAGGAGUUGGUGUAUGGUUUCUACUACCAGAUUUUCCCCAGACAGCAUCCUGGCUCACAGAUAAGGAGAAGGCAUUCAUACAAGCACGCCUACCCGCAAACGCACCAAGAGCAGCAGAACAGGACUUCAAGCUCAGCGAGAUCAUAGCCUCGUUAAAAGACAAGAGACUGUGGCUCUUUACCUUCAUAUGGGCGUUCUUCACAGUCGGUACCUCGGGUGUACGCUUCUAUCAGCCAACAGUCAUUGCGGACCUUGGCUUCACAACCAUCGCACAAGCCCAACUUCUCAACCUCCCCAUCACCAUCCUCGGACUCAUCGUAAUCGGCGUAACCGGCGUAAUCGCCGACAACGGACGUGUGCCCCGUCCCGUCUUCCCCUUAGCCUUCCUAACCAUAAUCCUAGCCUGCUACGGGGUAAUGGUCGCGUACCCCAGCAACGCAGGCGUGUACGCCGCAACAAUGAUCGGCAACGCCGUAACCAGCGCCUGGUUUCCCAUGAUGUGGCCAUGGCGAGUGCAAACCACAAGCCGGGCCACAGGCUCCGCCUUCUCGAUCGGCUUCGUGAACAGCUACGGCCAGAUCGGCGGGGCCGUCGGACCCCAGAUCUUCAGGAGCGCGUACGCGCCGCGCUACCAGGUGUCGUUCGCGGCGGCGAUGGUGCUGGUGGGGUGCUGCAUGGCGACGACGCUGGCGACGUGGUGGGUCACGAGACAGACUGAGCGGGACACGCGGAAGCUGAAGCUGGCGAGGAUCGCGGCGGCGAAGAGGGACGAUGCGAUCUUGGAUGAUGUGGUGGAUAAUGACCUGAGGAAGAAGACCGGUGGUUCCGUUGGGGUUUGAUGGUUUUGGAGCUUGAGGUAUGCGGGUGAGAGGGGUGGUUUAGCUAGAUAUAGAAGAAUCUAGAAUCUGGAUAUUUCUUUCGAAAUACUAAGGUAUUUCUGUUGCUGAUCCUGUCAACACAGGUGCUAAGCUAGUGUAUUCCCUUUAGACUUCGCCGGAACUGCUGGAUGUAGGUAGUCGUAAGGUCUUAUGUUAGUCGAAACCUUUUCGGAGGACCGCACCGGAAACAAUGGAUCUGAUGCAGAGAACUCAACCACCCAAUUCCACUGAUAGAAUUAUGGAUCCAAGUAUACUGCAUAUAUGACCCAUACUUCCUGUGCAAGGGAGGAAUACACGUUCUUGUACGAUUUCCGUUGAUUGGACAGUAGCCCAUCUACACCGAAUGUCGGGACUUGGAGGGCAUUUAGGACGAACCCCUGAAUUUUCGGAAUGGGGGAUAUAACCACUCGGGACGGGAACGCUUGAUACGGAU